GGCGGCGAGUGAGAGGGGAGGACUGUGCACGUAGGAGAUGUCUGGAGCCCGCCGCCCCGGCACGUCCAAGAGAAAAAGGAAUUGGCGUAUAGAACACCCAUCCUUUCUAGAAGAGAGGUCACAGCAGUUGAGACGGGGAAAUUUCAAGACAGUGGAAGCAGCUGACUCUCUCUCUAAAGCCUGGCUCAAGUGUGGAGAAGGAUUUCAGGAUACCUCUGAGACCCUGUCAUUAGCAAGUGAAAAGACAGGUAUUACUGGAAAGCACCUGGAAUUAUCUCCAAAACCAAAGACAGACACUACAAGUAAGAAUGCUAGUGAGCUUGCAAAUAUAAUAUGGAGUUCCAGUGAAAGUGAUUUCUCAGAUGAAGACAAGACACUCCCUGCAUUACAGAGAGAUGGUAGGCAUGGCCCUAGAGCCAACAGGCUUGGUGACAGGACUAUCUCAUGUCUAGAAGACGAAGACAUUGAAGAUGAAUUACAGGUUAUUGACUGGGAGGUUAACAGUGACACAGAAGAUCCUGGAGGGGUUAGUGAGUGUGACGAUGAUGAGGGGACCCUGGACAUCUCGGAUUGUGAUUCUUGUGCAAGUCUGACAAGUGAUGACAGGCCACCUGAGCCCCCUGAGCCAAUUUCUACGGAAAUUUUGGAGUUUUCAUCAGAUAGUGAAAAAGAAGAUGACCCAGAACAUGCCCUGUUCAUUGAUUCAGAAUCCCCUCACAAAUACCAGGUGGACUUUAAAUCUGAUGUAAGACAGUUUGGGGUUAAUCAGACUGACUCAGAAGCAAAUUCAGCUGAGCCUACAUUGACACCCCAGAAAUAUAUGGUCAAGUUUCCGAAGACUCCAGAAUAUUCAGCAACAAAGAAGAAGCUUUUAAGAGGCGGACUAGCAGAAAGACUCCAAGAACUGCAGAAUCGAAAGAGAUCUGCCAUUUCUUUGUGGAGACAUCGGUGUGUUUCUUACCAAAUGACACCAUUAGGCAGAAAAUCUGGUGUAUUAACUGUGAAAAUUCUAGAACUACAUGAGGAAUGCAGCAUGCAAGUUGCAGUAUGUGAGCAGUUAGCAGGGCCUCCAAUCACCAGCCCGCCUGAAGGACUAGCUCCCAGACUGGGAGCCUACCUGAAGGUUCUCUUUACCAGAGAGACUGCAGACCACUUGAUGGGGCAUCCCCAGGACAUCAUUUACAUCUUCCCUCCUUGGCAAAAACUUCUUAUCCCAAAUGGAAGUUGCUCUAUUAUUCUGAAUACUUAUUUUUGCCAGAAAGCUAUUGCAAAAGAAACAGUGCAUGAACACCUAUACAGUCAGGGCACAUCUCUUUCAAGGAGAAAUAUAACUUUGGCCCAGAUGUUUAGAAUUAAGGACAUAACAGACAAUUCAUCCACCAGUCAGACUGUAUAUGAUAGCCUGGCCACCCCCAGCACAGGCUGGACCCACGGACAUGAGAAGGCAGAGCAACAUCUUAUAGUUAGUGCUCCCCUGAGGAAUUCUCUUCUGGACAUUGUGGAAAGCCAAAGAUCUGGCCUAUGGUCUGAGGUCAGGGUCCGAGUAGUAGUGCAGAGGGUGUACUCCCUUCUCAGCAGAGAUGGUGCCAGGAGCCAACAAGGGCACACAGUGGGACAUGCAGACGCCUCUGGAGCAUGGUUCUGCCUUCUAGUGCAGGAUGCCUGUGGCAUGUUCGGGGAAGUGUACUUGAACAGCACCCUCUGGAAGAACAAACAGUUAGAAGGGAAGUCCUGCAGCAUGUCGGGAGUGAAGGUUCUACAGAAAGCUACAAGAGGAAGGACACCAGGGCUCUUCAGUUUAAUUGACAGUUUGUGGCCACCAGUGAUAGCUCUGACCGAGCCUUCCUGUGGCCAACCCAGUGGAGAGACAAAGACUUAUCUGCCUCCUCCUAUCUUCUGUUAUAUCUUCUCUGCACAUCCAACUCUGGGACAAAUUGAUGCAAUUGAAGGAGACCACAUUUCCAAGCUUUACCAGCCUCCCGUUGUCCGCUCCUUAAAAGAAAUCCUCCAGACUAAUGAGCACAGUACACGUUGCAGCUUCUAUGCCAGAGUGAUUUAUCAAAGACCACAGCUAAAGAAUCUUUUGGCGCAAAAGGAAAUCUGGCUGCUGGUGACUGACAUCACCCUGCAAACACAGGAUGAAAGGGACUACUAUCUUCCCAAAACCCUGCCAGUCUAUAUAGCCCCGUCGUGUGUGCUGGGCCCAGAGGUUGUAGAAGAACUUGCCUUGCUGGUGUCUCAUAACUUGCUCUUCAGGGACGCUCUUCAAGACAACGGUCAGAUUGUUUGUAUUGAACGAACAGUCAUCCUACCCCAGAAACCUCUCUUGUGUGUACCUUCUGCUUCCUGUGACUUGCCUAGCCCAGUGACACUGGAUGAACUGAGCACCCUCACGCCUAUCAACUCCAUUUGCAGCGUGCAAGGUACUGUGGUUGAUGUAGAUGAGAGCACUGCUUUCUCGUGGCCUGUGUGUGACCAGUGUGGCAAUGGGAGAUUGGAACAGAAACCAGAAGAUGGAGGCUCCUUCUCCUGCGGGGACUGUUCCCAACUGGUCCUGUCACCUCUUCAAGAGAGGCACCUGCAUGUCUUUCUGGACUGUCCCACGAGACCUGAGAGUACUGUGAAGGUCAAGCUAUUGGAGAGCAGUAUUUCUUUACUUCUGAUGUCUGCUGCCUCUGAGGAUGGGAGUUAUAAAGUGGAGCGUGUCCUUGGGAAGGAGAUGGGACCUUUACACUGCCUUGUCCAGUCCAUCACUACACAGCAGAGCAGCUGCAUCGUCACCCUGGAAGAGAUUGAGCUUCUGAGUACAGCCGGAGCCACUGCUGCUCAGCCUCCCCCCUGACAUCUGUGCACUUGGCAGGGGGCUUGUGUGUUAACGCAUAGUGUUUCUAUGGUUUUAAAGUUAGUGCGUUUCUUUUCUUUUCUUUUUAUUUCUAGUAAAGAG